ACCUACAGCCAUCUUUUCCCCACCCAUUCUUAGUCUAUAUCUCUGUCUGUUUUCCACAAACUCGAAAACACAGGAACCAGGGAGAGGGAUCAGUGUUCCCUGAGGAGAGGAUUGCACUCAGAGCUGUGGAAUUAAGCAGCUUUGACACUGUAUGCAACUCUCUCUCUCUCUCAUAACUAACUGCACAUUUAGCUCAGUUCUUCCAUGGGAGGAGCAGAGAGAUGCUUCUUCUUUAUAAAAGUCAAUUUGCCAUGAGGAUGUCAACUUUACAGCCACAGCUGUACUGAGUGUGAAGACAUUUGGGCUUGUUUCCAUAAUGGAGAUCGAAGGAAGGCCAGGUCUAAAUGUGCAGAAAAAAGGAAUCAUGAAGAAGCCUGACCCGGUCAAACCACCACCAAACAACACAGAAGAAGAGGAUAUGGAUUGUAAAGACAUGCAGAAGGAGGCACUGAACAGGCGCAACGCCUGGGAGCCCACUGUCUUCUAUUCACUUGGCAACGAGACAUUUUUGUUCACCGGGCAGGAGAUCAACAUCCGAGAGUCACUCGACUCUUUUGGCGCCGUCAUCUGGCCAGGCGCUGUGGCUCUCUGUCAGUAUUUGGAAAAGAACCGGGAACAGGUUGAUCUGCUGGAUAAAGCAGUGCUGGAACUUGGAGCGGGAACAGGACUAGUGUCCAUAGUGGCAAGUUUAUUGGGUGCCUGGGUCACAGCCACAGAUCUGCCCGAUGUCCUGUCGAACCUGAACUUUAACCUCUCUCGCAACACACGGGGCCGCUGCAGAUACACACCACAGGUGGCGGCUCUGGUCUGGGGUCAGGAUGUGAAACGUGACUUCCCCAGCUCAGUCUACAAUUAUGACUAUGUGUUUUGUGCAGACGUGGUCUAUCAUCACAACUUUCUAGAGGAUCUACUGAUCACCAUGCAGUACUUCUGUAAGCCAGGAACCACCCUACUGUGGGCCAAUAAGGUGCGAUUUCAAUCUGACCUGUGUUUCAUUGAAAACUUUAAAAAUGAUUUUAAUGUCACAUUGCUGGAAGACAUCCCACAAGAGGAGGUAAGGAUCUACCAGGCCACCGCAAGGACGUCAGCCCAAAUGAGGGAGGAGGAGAGGCAGAACCAGCAACAAAUGCAUGGGAGAUUAUACAUUGAAUGAGUGCAGCAGCCCCAACAUUGAAGAGAAGGUGCUCCACCUGUUGGCCCUCUGCAAAGUUGCAAGGAAUGAUUGCCAAGUGUUACUAUUCCUAAUAAUGGAAAAAGCAUGUCCUUUUUGUUUCAGAAUAAAAAAGGUAUUUUUUUUUUUAAGUAAUGCAAUUUAAUACUUUUGUCACUUCAUAUGUCCUCUACUUCUCAAUGUGACACAAUUGUCAAUUUCUUAUUUUAAAUAUCUCACAGUAAUCUGUUUAUUUCUCAGUCUGAGUUGGAAAUAGUUUAGUUUUUAGUGUGUGAAUUACUUAAAUGAUGUUGUUACCCACUUUGUUAUAUAUACCAUUUAUACUAUCAUUGUUAAUUGUUAUUAAAAUUUAAUUGCAUUUGCAAUAUGGUGCAAAGUCCUAAUCUUCUCCCUAAAUCUACACUACAGUUCAAAAGCUUGUGGUCAGUAACACUUCUGUUUUAAGUAAAUUAUUAUAUUUUAAUUAUAAACUACUAAUUUGGUUUCCACAAAAAUAAGCAGCAUAAACCAUUUUCAAAAUUGAUAAGCAAUGUUGCUUGAGCACCAAAUCAGAAUGAUUCCUGAAUUAUCAUGUGACACUGAAGACUAGAGUUACAGCAGCUGA